UUGCUGCGCGGGCCGGGCCGGGCGGGAGCCAAUGGCAGCGGGCGGGGCGGGGCGGGGCGCGGCGGGGCUAGCCCCUUGCCCAGCCCGGAGAGCUCGGCAGCCAGCCGGCCGGCCAGCCACACGAGGAGGGAGGCGGAGGAGGGACCCCCCGGACGCGCUCGCCGCCCCCGCGCCUCUCCCUCCUGCGCCCGCUGCCGCCGCCGCCAGAGCCCGGCUUCUCCCCUCUGCUCCAGGCCCCUGGCCGCCGCCUCCUUCGCCUUUCUCUCCUUCCUUCCUUGCAUCCUCUUUUUCUUUUCACCUCUCCGCCCUUCACCUCCUGUGCACCUGCUGACCCUUCACCUGUCUGUCUCUCCUUUGCUUUCCCCUCACUUCUGAGUGAUCCUUUCAGUUCCACAAGUUCGUUCCUCCUUCCUUCCUUCCUUCCCCCUCUUGUUUCCUCCACCCACUCCUGCGUUCUUCCUAUCCAAAAAGCCCCCAUUCUGCCAAGCUCCUUUCCUUCCUUCCUUCCUUCCUUCCUUCCCACAGCACCUCUCUGCCCUCUCAAGGAGCACAUUCUAGAUAAAGAGGUUUUUUUCUCCAUCCUUGGCUGCCCUCCGACCUUGACUUGGGAUUUUAACUUAUCUCCUGGGAGAAGAGGGGACAGCAGGCGGCCAGAGGUGACUGCCCAGGCAUCGUCUGCAUCGCCAUAGCCAGCAUUUAAAGGCCCCACCGGACAGAUGCAGAGCGGCUUCCAGCAGAUCCCAAGAGAAGAUGAGGAGGAAGCCGAGGAGGGUGCUGGAACGGGGAUAACCUCCACCUUGAUUUUGUCUGUGUUCACGGCUGUCUUGGGUUCCCUGCAGUUUGGAUACAACAUUGGAGUCAUCAACGCUCCACAAAAGAUAAUUGAACAGAGUUACAAUGCCACAUGGAUGGAACGCCAGGGCUCCGAGGACCCGACGCCCAUCGACCCUGGCACCCUCACCACGCUGUGGUCUUUGUCCGUUGCCAUCUUCUCCAUCGGAGGCAUGCUGUCCUCCUUCUCAGUGGGCAUUGUCUCGGAAUGGCUUGGCAGGAAGAGGGCCAUAAUCGUGAAUAAUGCCCUAUCUUUUCUCGGUGGCGCUUUCAUGGGUCUGGCCCAGCUCGGCAAAUCCUACGAGAUGAUGAUUCUGGGACGCUUCUUCAUUGGGGCUUUCUCAGGAUUCGCCUCUGGUCUCAUCCCCAUGUACGUGGGUGAAAUCUCCCCUACCCACCUGCGGGGAGCACUGGGCACGUUGAAUCAGUUGGCCAUUGUCAUCGGAAUCCUUAUUGCACAGGUGUUUGGCCUGGAGGGGCUCCUGGGGACCGAGAAGCUGUGGCCCCUCCUGAUGGGUCUCACGGUGCUCCCCUCUGCUCUCCAGCUCCUAUUCUUCCCCUUCUGCCCGGAGAGUCCCCGCUACCUCUACAUUGUCCGCAACAAGGAGUCCAAAGCCAAAGAAAGCCUCAAGCGGCUGACGGGCCACGCGGACGUCACCGCGGCUCUCACGGAGAUGAAGGAGGAGAAGCGGCGCAUGGACCUGGAGCGCAAGGUCUCCAUCCUCCAGCUCUUCCGCUGCCGUAUAUACCGCCAGCCCCUGCUGAUCGCGGUGGUCCUUCAGCUGUCCCAGCAGCUCUCUGGCAUCAAUGCGAUAUUCUAUUACUCCACCGACAUCUUCACAAAGGCUGGGCUGGAGAAACCCAUCUAUGCCACCAUCGGAGCAGGUGUGGUCAACACGGUUUUCACCAUCAUUUCGGUGUUCUUGGUAGAGCGGGCAGGACGGCGAACCCUGCAUCUUUUGGGGCUGAGUGGAAUGUGUGUGUGCGCUAUCCUUAUGACGGUGUCUCUUCUAUUGUUGGAGCGUGUGCCAGUAAUGAGCUACCUCAGCAUGGUGGCCAUCUUUGGCUUUGUGGCGUUCUUUGAGAUUGGGCCAGGGCCCAUCCCGUGGUUCAUCGUGGCCGAGCUCUUCAGUCAGGGCCCUCGCCCAGCUGCUAUGGCCGUGGCCGGCUUUGCCAACUGGACCUGCAAUUUCAUCAUUGGCAUGAGCUUUCCGUCAAUUGUGGAGAAAACUCACGCCUACGUCUUCCUGAUCUUCGCCGGCAUCCUCGUGGUGUUCAUUGCUUUCACGUAUUUCAAGGUGCCUGAGACUCGAGGGCGCACCUUUGAUCAGAUAGCUGCCACAUUCCGACGCACCCCAUCCUUGUUAGACCGUGAGAUCAAGCCGUACACAGAGCUGGAUGAACUGAGUCCGGACAUGCACGAAUGAGUGGAGGCAAGGCAGCUGGGGAGGGGGGAACCCCAACCACCAAGGACCCAGAAAGGGAAAACAGGAGCGGCUGGGCAGUUGGGGUGAGCAGCAAAGGUACCAGCAUCUAUCUUAGCACUUUAAUGUUAUUGUAAGGCUUAGAGAGUCUGGCCUAUGGUUAGAAAGGAACCCAGUUCUCUUGAGGUCAGUUUUUAGUCUUGAUGCUUUUUUUCAUUUUUUAGAAAAGAAAAAAUAAAUAAAACUAAGGCAGGUUUAUUUGCAAGGUGGCUUCCUCAGUUUUGGAAGAUAAACAGGCCUGUGGCCAGCCUAAACGUUCUGACAGGGCACCAAAGAAGUAAGGGGGCAGACAGUUUGUGGCCUGGAGCACUUAUUUGUAGAUGAUUUAGGGGGUGAAGAAAAUCUAGGGGGGCUGGGCCUGCCCUAUCCCCCCACCUCCAGCUGUGGGACUGAGUAUAAGAAGCUCAUGGCUUGAAAGACUGACAGGUAGACAUAAACGUUACUGUAAAUAAAGGGCUGUGGGAAAUGUGUGUGGCAAAGAGAGGCCCUCCGACCCCAUUUUGCUGCCCUGGGCUGGAAGAGACAGAAUCUCACCAAGAAAGCAAAGACUGUAACUGCAAUGGUGACUGUGGGUUUGGACAUUUCGGUUAUUUAUGUAUGUGUUGUGUCAGCUUUAAUCAGAGUCAGGGGCAAGUCUUGAGUCCCUGGUAGGGCUCUGCCUGGCACAUGUGAAGAAAUCCUCAACAGGAAAGUGCCCCUGACCAAGCACUGAACAGUUUUCUCCUCACCGCUGGGAGGCCAGGGCUUCCAAGUACUUUUCAUUUAUAAAGUUAAGCACUGGAGGGGCCCUAAGUAUCACUGGACCCCUUGUUCCUUGAGAUAUUGUAUGGAUGCUGAACAAGACUAGCUUGCCCUAACUUGGAUAGAAAAUUCAUCCUUGAAGGACAACAGUCAUCUUCCAGGCAGUCACAAGACUACUUGUGUCAUGCUCAUGCUCCUGUAUUACUCCAGUCAUGCCCUGAACACAUGCCUCAUGUUGACGUCGCCGCUGUUACCUAGCAGCAGUAGGGGAGGCCUUCCUUGGUCAGCCCCAGGUUCAGUGGCAGCCAUUUUGUCUGUCUGGAAGGAAAACAUGUGGUUGCCUAGCAACCGGGGCAUGCAUACCCUCACUCAGGGGUUCUCAACCUGUGGUACUCCAGCUGUUGAGGCUACAAUGGUCUUUGGCUGGGGAUGAUGGGAGUUGUAGUCCAACAACAUCUGGAGACCGAAGGUUGGCUCUAACCCCAUCUAGAUUGGGUGGAGAAGGCAGUCCAGCCUUAGGCAGGACCGGAGAGAAUAAUACAGAUUUAGAAAAAGAAACAAGAGUGCUGUUGACCCUGAGAGGGGACACAGACGUGAGCAUGAGGAGCAGGGGAACUACCUGGGCUCCAAACUUGAAUGUCAAAAGCAUUUAGAGAGAUGUUCUCAAAUGUUUUCAUACUGUGUUGAGCAGUCUCUUGCCUAAUAUGGAAUUACGGUUCUUUUGCCAGAAGCCAGGGACAAUUCAGACAUGGUUUAAACAGGGGUGUGGGUUUGCCCUUUAUUUCAAGUGAGUUUAUGCCCACAUCAAGAGCCUCAACCUGAACCCUAGAUUUCAUAUAGCUUUUGGUGGCUCCUUUUUGGCAAACUAAGUUGACUUCAGCUCAUGAUGGUUUCAUUCCAAGUUACCUCUUGUCUUCUGGCAGAUAAAGAGGCAAAAAGUGACACAGAACUUGGGAGUGAAUAAAGCUUCAUACACAUCUUAGGAAGGCCUCUGGAACCUCCAUGUUUUGAUAGUUAAGCAGGAGGGCCCCCCGGCCUUUUGACAGCCCAGAACAAGGAAUGCCCAGUAAUAGCUGCACAUCACAUUGACUUGGUGGUCUACCACACAUCCUGCCCACCCCCCAAAAGCCCUACACUCCAUCCUCCCUGCAUUUAUAAGGGUUGCCCUACUUCCUAGUUCAUCUUGGUCACAAGGAUUAAAAAAAUAUUUUGUGCACUAAACAGUCAUAUGGACUCACAAUAUGUAUCAUUGCUUCUAAAUGAAAGAAUGACCCAUAAUAGACCUAGUUAGUUAACUUGCCCCUUCUGUCCACAUGUCUUCACCCCAAGUAUGAGCUGGUUUGAAGCCAGUUUAAGUCAUGGUUCCUCUCCCCCACCCUCUUUAUAAAGGACCUAGCUUUGUGCCAAGAAGCUUUAGCCCUUCUGUAGAACCGUUUCCAGGGUUUCUUAGUUUGCGAACGAUAGAGUUGGUCCUAUGCAUGAUCAUGCAGCACUGAAGUCAAACCAUCUUGAGAGCUUUCUGAACUCAACACUAAAUACGGCAACAAUCCUGGAUUGCUUCACAUUUGGAUUCCUUUUUAUCUCUAAUUCUUCAGCACUUUUUGAAGCAUUUCUCUGCAACAGGAUUUUUUAAAAGGUGGAAUUCUGUACUCAGUUAUGACUCAAAAUAUAUUGUAUUAAAUGGGAAAAAAACUACAAGAGUUUAAAUGCUUUUGAAUUUCUCUCUCAAAGGCAGAGUAGAACUAUACUUUGGGAAAUUUUCUGAUUUGUAAAUGGAGGAUGAUAUUGUCUUAAGAUUAAGGGCAUGUUUGUGUGUUUGCAUGUUUUUUUGUAUUUUAAAGAGAAAAAUUUGUAUAUAAAGAAAUAGGAUACUACACAA